AUGGCGAGGAGGCGGGACGACGGCGACGGAGCAGACGGCGAGGAGGCGGGACGACGGCAAUGGGGCGGACGACGAGGAGGCGGGACGAUGGCAGUGGGGCGAACGGCGAGGAGGCGGGAUGGCGGCAAUGGGGCGGACGGCGAGGAGGCGGGACGACGGCAAUGGGGCAGACGGCGAGGAGGCGGGACGAUGGCAAUGGGCGAACGGCGAGGAGGAGGGACGACGACAAUUGGCGGACGGCGAGGAGGGGGGUCGACGGCGACAGGGUGGCUGGCGAUAAAGGGAGUGACGGCGAUGGGUUAG